AUGGCUCCCCUGGUGCUUACACUGGUAGUUCUUCUACCUGUGAGCUUUGCCUUCUGGAACCUGGUUUGUCUGGUCAAGAACUAUAGGAUUGCUCUGAAGAUUGGCAUUCCCAUUAGGAUUCUCAUUGCAAGUGGUGAUAAUCCAGUAUGGAUUCUUGCAUCAGGCAUCGUGCUUCCUAUUGUAAAGGCUAUAUUCGGCGAUUGUGAUAUCGUUCGGUAUAGCACACCCGGCUGGGAGUUCAAAGACAAGUACACCAUGCACCAAAAGCUUGGUAGUGCAGUUAUUCAUGUCUCAGCUGGUCGUAACUGGUUGUAUCUCUGCGAUUCCGAUUCAGUCAAUGAAGUUUUCAAGCGCAAAGAUGAUUUUGAUAGACCUCCAGAUUUGCUUGCGGUUUUGUCGGUUUUCGGACCUAAUAUCUCGACGGCUGUAGGUCCAGACUGGCAGCGUCAGCGCAAAAUUACCAGUGCUCCUUUCAAUGACAAAAACAACCGGCUAGUUUGGAUCGAGGGCUUAAGACAAGCAGAUGAAAUUUUGCAAUUCUGGAAAUCUCUACAAGGUCCCAUUACCCGAACAGAUAAGGAUACUCGUACAUUCUCACUUCAUGUGCUAUCGGGAGCUGGAUUCGGGAAAUCCUACUCGUUCAAAAAUUCUACCGAACAACCCGAAGCAGGACAUACUUUCAAUUACCGAGACUCUCUUGCACUUGUGCUAGAGAAUUGUCUCCUUAUCCUUGUACUGGGUCCUAAGCUUGUCUCUAAGUUAUCCUGGCCGCUAAAGUGGAAGCGGAUUGGGCAAGCAACAGUUGAUUUCAAAUUUUACAUGGCUGAGAUGCUGAAGGAUGAAAAAGAUGCCAUUGCGCAUGGGAAACCCAGAAGCGCGACGUUCACGAGUUCUUUACUUAGAGCUUCUAAAGAACAAUCUCAAUUGGGUCUAAACGGCUCUGCUCCAAGUGGCUUUCAGGGGCUCACCGAAGAGGAAAUAUAUGGAAACCUCUUUGUUUACAAUUUUGCUGGCCAUGAUACGACGGCCGUUGUACUGAACUGGACAAUCUAUCUUCUUGCUGCUCAUCCAGAAGUUCAAGAGUGGAUCUCGCAGGAAAUAAACACUGUUAUAACCAACGACAUGCCAUCGACUUGGGAUUUCAAGGAAAUAUAUCCGAGAUUGAAUAGAUGUCUCGCCAUAAUGCUAGAGACUGUAAGACUUUACAAUCCACUCAUCGGUAUCUGCAAAUCUACCUUCGAAAUGCCACAACCGCUUACGGUCGAUGGCCGAACCAUCACUAUUCCGCCCGACACGCGCAUUAUUGCGAAUUCAAACGCCCUACACUCACACCCGCGAUACUGGGGUGAUAAUAGUCUCGAAUGGCAUCCCCAACGCUGGAUCUUGACCAAAGCCGAAAAUGCACACUCUUCUCCCGUAGAACGUGAAUAUAUCCGCACUCCACCCAAGGGAUCAUACCAACCAUGGUCUGAUUCGAUCCGAGCAUGUCCUGGUAAGAAAUUCAGCCAAGUAGAAUUUGUAGCGGCCAUGGUUGCGUUGUUCAAGAGAAACCGCGUGGAGAUUGUGCGGGAGGAGGGAGAAACGGAAGAGGAAGCAAAGGAGAGGGUUAUGAGUGUGGUGAAGGAUAAUGUUAUUGUUUUGUUGUUGCAGAUGAGGAGCCCUGAGAAGGUGGGUGUUAGAUGGGUUAGUAGAGUGUAG